AGUCAACUUGACUAAUAUUUCUUCACUCUGCACACCACUCCUCGCCAUCGUCAUCUCAUCAACAACCCUCUUAUUUAAGAGAUCUACCCAAACCAGUAACACCAACACCUCUGGUUGAACCGCUCCCACAAGAAUAACGUACCCGAUACUUCGAUACCCCGCUUCGUCUUAUCGCCACACGUGCCCUCAUCAAACACCCUCCCACUCCUCAACACACGCAUCAAAAUGGCCGACGGUGACUGGGACUCCGUGACCCGUAUCGGGUCCAAGAACCGCGGCGGCGCCGUGCAGCGCGAGACCGUCGUCAAGGGCCGCAGCGCACUCAACGCCGCACAGCGCUCUGGUCUGAUCCUAGGCACCGAGAAGAAAUAUGCCACUGGCAACGCCGCCGGCCGCACUGGCGCCCCCGAGGGCCAACAUCUCACCAAAGUCGACCGGAGCGACGACAUCAUCAAGCCCAAGUCCGUUGGUACGCAAGUCGGCGACGCGAUCAAGAAGCGCCGGAAUGAAGAAGGUUACAAAAUGACCCAGAAGGAACUCGCCACAAAGUGCAACACUACCGCCACCAUCGUGCAGGAUAUGGAAAAGGGCACGGCUAAUCCAGACCAGAAAGUGCUGAGUGCCAUGGAGCGCGUGCUGAACGUGAAGUUGCGCGGUUCGGAUAUUGGUGCCGAAAAAUUUCCUAAGAAGAAGUAAAUAAGCAAAAAAAAAACUACAACAGAAAAAAAAAGGAAAUGUAUUUACACUUACAGGUCAUGAUUUGGAUGACGGACGAAUCGUCGGGAUGAGCGCCGACUGUUUUAUAUAAGGGUUUUUUGUUUGAUUUUUCCCCAUUGUCGAUAUCAUAUAGAAUAGAAAAUUCUAUGCGUGAAUUACAUACACAUAUAUCAG